AUGACAUAUCCCAAUGGUGGCUGUCACACCUGUAAAAUACGACGCAUCAAGGCAAGAAGCCUCUCGUCAUUGUAUGGACAGCAGCUGACAUUUCAUAUCCCAAAGUGCGACGAGACACAGCCGACAUGUCAGAGAUGUAUUAAGUCUCGCCGAAUAUGCAUCAAAACGACUGCUCAAAAGGCCAACUUUCUGAUUCACAUCGAAAAUCGCUAUGCCAGUGGGGAAACAAAGCGACCGCGAGGACCUCGCUCAAGCCUGACCCCAGCCCUUUACUUCGACCUGCAAACUCGAGCUGUCAUUUAUUAUCUGAACUAUCAUUUACGAAUGCCAUCGGACGUGCAGUGCCUUCCAGGAAGCGUUGCAGACAGCAUUGUCGAAUGGGUCUCAGGAACGACAAUUCCAAUGAUUGAUUUGGCCAUCUCGUCCAUGGCUCUCGCUGUCUUUUCGCGGACGCAGCAACAUCCAGUGGCGGCAAUGGAAGCAUGCGCAAGGUAUGAUGAAUUACUACGGCACGCGCAGAUCACGAUGCCCACUGUGGUCGAAACAAAUAUCGAUGCCGCCUUGCUUGCCGUCUUCCUCAUGAGUCGCUACGAAGACUCGGCAUAUAACGCAGAAGAAUCCCAGUCGAAUGUUGCAUUCAACAGUUUUACGCAUCAUGACGGUGCAACUUCGAUUUUGAAAAUCUGGAGACACCGCCAUCCAAGAGACAUGCAGCCGGCAACUGAUAUCGUUAAGCAUUCUCGGCGAGGCAUCAUCCGUUCUGCUAUUCUACGAUACCUUGCAGUGCCAUCAUGGCUCGAGGACGGUCGACUUUUUGGCGAGCGUGGGCAAGACCUUGAAUACGAUCGCAUCCUGGUGCGAGUUGCGAAUCUUCGUAAUCAACUCAUGGCCGUUCAACAGAAUAAUUCUCACCUGGAAACUAUCGGUCAUGAGCUGUUCCAAAGGGCCCAGAAACUGAACAGCGAAGCAGCAGGCUUAGACAAAGCAUUGCAGGAAUGGGCAAUUCAGAUCCCAAGUGCCUGUCAUCCACGACGGCAUCCGGUGCGGACAGAUGCAUCUUUGCCUGCGGGCCACCUCUUCUCCUCCGUCAUCUACAGUUACCCGGGUAUUGGCUACGCUGCUCUGUGGCUCAAUUACUCUGCUACAAGGAUGCUGCUCAAUCGAGCAUGGUUGAGGAUCCUUGAGCUUAUUCAGCCAUUAUCAGAUGAGUCUACCUGGAACCAGCAAAUGGAACAGUGUCGCACGCGCAUCAUGGUUACGGCUGAUGACCUGUCCUCAAGUAUACCAUUUGUUCUUGAAAGAUUCAAGGUCACAAAUGCGGGUGAACAUCAAACGGCGACCGUCUUCGGUACAAACGAAGAGAUCAGGCCGUACGUAGCAAGUUUAGCUGCAUGGCCCCUAAGUGUGGCUUCAGGGAUUGGGAGCCUCCAUGUGGAGCGGAAACAGUGGUUCAGGACGCAGUUGGCAUUGAUCGGAAGGAUCCUCGGAUCUGGAGUUCUGGCAUGUGUUGGCGCUGCAGGCUUGCUUGAUCUCUAA